AUGAUUUCCAGGAAGGUGCUGGUGGGGUCUCUUGUCUGCCUGGGUGCUGCUGCUGCAGUUAUCUGGGCUGUAGCUGGGAGUGGAAAAGUGCAUUACCUGCCCUACUACCUCCCCUGCCCUGAAAUCUUCUCCACAAAACUCCAAUAUACAGAAGAGAAGCCAAUCCAGCUUUUCCCCCAAUUAAUUUAUCUGCAGCCAAGAGUGCUGGCGCCAAAGCGCCAGGAUGUGCUGACAGUCACACCAUGGCUGGCCCCCAUCGUCUGGGAAGGCACCUUUGAUGCUGAGAUGCUGGACAGUGCCUACAGACCCCUCAACCUCACCAUAGGGGUGACAGCCUUUGCUGUGGGAAAGUACACCAGGUUCGUGCGGCGCUUCCUGGACUCGGCAGAGCAGCACUUCCUCCGGGGCUACAGGGUGAACUAUUACAUCUUCACCGACAGCCCCCAGAGCAUCCCCCAGCCCCAGCUGCAGCCGGGGCGCAGCCUGGUCACCGUCCCCGUGCCGGGGUACCCCAGCUGGCAGGAGAUCUCCAUGCGCAGGAUGGAGGCCAUCAACCAGCACGUGGCCAAGCAGAGCCAGGGCCAGGUGCAGUACCUGUUCUGCCUGGACAUUGACAUGGUGUUCCACAACCCCUGGGGCCCCGAGACCCUGGGGGACAUGGUGGCAGCCAUCCACCCCGGAUACUUCGACGUGCCACGAGAGCUGUUCCCUUAUGAGAGGAGGAGCUCCUCAGCAGCCUUCAUCCCUGAGGGAGAAGGGGAUUUCUACUAUGGAGGGGCCGUGUGGGGCUUGGUGGAGAAAGUCUAUGAGUUCACCAAGAUGUGCCACAUGACCAUCCUGGCAGACAAAGCCAACGGGAUCAUGGCAGCCUGGCAGGAGGAGAGUCACCUCAACAGGCACUUCCUGUCCCACAAACCCUCCAAGCUGCUUUCUCCAGAGUACAUAUGGGAUGACAGGAAGCCAAAGCCCCCCCAAAUCCACCUCAUACGUUUUUCCACGGUGAAUAAGAACUACAAAGAGGUCAGAAACUGA